GUAAUCCUUGCUCUCAACCAAACCUUGAUAUUGCACGAAAAAAUACGUCGCGGCGAAGAAAAUCUGCCAUUUUCCACCAAGCAACUGAUCUAUCAUUACAACUGUGGUAAUCUAAAAGACGUUCUCUUUUCACAAGUAACAUCAGGCAUUGCCAACCUUGAGAACAUUUCUGAAACAAACAGCUUACAAAAGGAACAGACGAGAGAGUUCGAAGAAUACAUGAAGGAAGAGUUGUUCUUUAAGAGAAACAGAAAAAUGGCAAAAAAGAUUGUAAAAAUUGUCAAUGAAGAACCAAAGAGACGCAUGAUAUUCGCUCUUGGUGCAGGUUAG